AUGAACGAAGUAGUUCGCUCUAUACUUCGAUCACAUUGCGAUGGAUCCCAGACUGAUAUCGACUAUGUGGAGUUGUUUUUGGAUUUUGAGAAUGCAACUCCCCAUGAAGAUGAGCGCUAUUUGUUUGAUUUGUCAGAGAAGAUCAUUAACCAAUGCGCCGAGGUGCUCAGUGAUGUGAAAUGUUAUGGAAAGGGGGCUACUGAAGAAAUACGGCAAUCACUACAGAACCCUCAUGAUCUAGCUUUACGAGAUGUGACCAUGAGCAUUGUUGAAGAUUUUGUGGCACGAAUACGCUGUUACUUCGAACUUUCUCUUCGAAUAGAGAAGCUUGUGCCAGAGCUAUUAUGGGACCUCUGUUCCGGACCCCUUCCCCCAGAGGAACAGCUUGAUCGAAAACAGUCACUCGCACGUCAACUAGCGCGCCUCGUCGACUUUGUAUUGGAUUUUGACGCUGCCAAGAUGUGCACACCUGCCCUGCAGAAUGAUUUUAGUCAUUAUCGCCGAGCGAUCGGUCUGGGUUUGCUUGGAACUAGCCCAUCCGAUAUUGAACUGGCUAAUUCGAUCUCUCUGUUUCUUGCCAAUCCUACACCGAUGCUAUCGAGUUUGAGCUCUGCCACGCUCGAGUUUGUCCGUUCACAUCCUACGCUUCCUAUCGGAAAUACUACUGACACUUUGGCGACUAUAGUCAGCGUAUGUCGCUAUAUGGUGGAAUCACCUGAUGUGAAGUCGCGUGUCACCGAAACAACACGUCUAUUUUGCGUGCGAGUAAUGGUUGGCUGUUUGAUACUUUACGACCAUAUAGACGAAAAUGGGGCUUUCGUACGAGAAUCACCCAUUAAUCUGCGUGCAGUAGUCAACGUUGUCAAGGAGCAAACACAGCCACCACAGACAGAUGCUCUGUUGAAUGCUAUCCGAUACACCUCGAAACACUUUACCCAGGCCUCAACACCAAAAUCAGUGCGAGCUAUUUUAGCAUGACUUAUCCACUUUCCUACUUACGUGAUGUGAUCCUCAUAAUUUCUUGGCAGCCCAUGCUAAUCAGUAUACAUCGCCCAUUCCACGAAUUUUCCUACGAAAUCGGUGCCAAAUAUUCCAUGCUCAUUGUAAUCUAAUUUGAUAGCCUGUUAGCGUUCUAGUCUAGUCAUAAUCUAGAUGUUCUAAGUCAUAAUUCUGCAAAUCUGCAUAUGAAUUCGAAUUGUAACAACUAUACAGUCAAUAUUUAUAGUGUAACAGUGCUUUGACAAAAUUGUUAAACUUGCAGUAAAGAGUUUUCGUACG